AUCUUUCCCCCUUCCCUACUAACACAGAAACAUUGACAGCUGGGAAAAAAAAAAAACCAUAUAAAUGAUGAAAAUAAUUUCAUGAUGAACAUCAUUUAUUGCCAAUAACUAGUUUUUACGCAAGUAAUAAUGGCAAAAAGAAAAAGAAAAAAGAAAAAAAUGCUAUCAAAUCUUUGUGCUCACAAUAUAAACGAAAAAUAAGAAGAAAGAAAAAAUUUUAUGGUGGGCCCGCCAGUGUAGAUCCCAUUCGGUUUGCGGUCUCCUACGCCGAUAAAAACCCAUUUCUAAACCCCAACAUUCAUAUUUCACUCUCACUCGCCAGUCGCCACGUGCGCUUAAAACCUCUUAAACCCUAAAACCUUAACAGCUCCGUCUUCCUCCUCCCCUUUUUCUCUCUAGAACUCUCUCUUCGCCAUGGCGUCCGUGGCGAGCAGAACCAACCCACUCCUCACAUCCCUACCUUACAUUCUCACAUGGAGAGGAUUAGGGUUUCGUACCAUUUGCAGUGGUCGUCUCGGCUUCGCGCCGUCUCCAUCUCCGUCUCCGGCGUCAGUCUCCGAACCAACCGUCCCCGGAACUAAGGUUCUCGAAACGUUCAAGGAAGAAUUUGAAAUCGGAUCACGAAAAAUUACGCUAGAGACAGGGAAGAUCGCUCGGUUUGCCAAUGGUUCGGUUAUUUUGGCAAUGGAAGAGACCAAACUCCUUUCUACUGUUGCUUCAGCUAAAGGCGAUGCCGUUCGGGACUUCUUACCCCUCACUGUUGAUUAUCAAGAGAAACAAUUUGCCCAAGGUGUGAUUCCAGGCACAUUCAUGCGGAGGGAGGGCCCUCCAAAAGAACGUGAACUUUUAUGUGGUCGUCUCAUAGAUCGACCUAUACGACCACUUUUUCCUGCUGGAUUUUAUCACGAGGUCCAGGUAACGGCAAGUGUUCUUUCUUCUGAUGGGAUACAAGAUCCGGAUGUAAUGGCAGCUAAUGCAACAUCUGCUGCUCUUAUGUUAUCAGAUAUUCCUUGGAAUGGUCCGAUUGGAAUGAUACGUAUAGGGAGAAUUUGUGGGCGGUUUGUUGUUAAUCCAAGCAUGGAUGAGCUUAGCUUAAGUGAUCUCAAUUUGGUAUAUGCCUGCACAAGGGAUAAAACUUUGAUGAUAGAUGUGCAAGCCCGUGAGAUUUCUGAAAGAGAUCUGGAAGCUGCCUUAAGGAUGGCUCAUCCUGAGGCAGUUAAAUAUCUUGAGCCUCAAAUUAGACUGGCGGCCAAAGCUGGUAAACACAAGAAGGAAUAUAAAUUGUCUAUGGUGUCAGAGAGUACAUUGGAAAAAAUCAGGAACUUGGCUGAAGCACCUAUUAAAGAUGUUUUUACAGAUCCUGCGUAUGGCAAGUUCGAACGUGGAGAAGCCUUGGAUAAAAUUACACAAGAUGUAAAAACAGCACUUGAGGAAGAAUGUGAUGAAGAAGGCUUAAAAGUUGUAUCAAAGACAGUUGACACAGUAAGGAAAGAGGUUGUUCGCAAAAGGAUCAUUGAUGAAGGACUAAGAGUUGAUGGGAGACGUCUUGAUGAAGUAAGGCCUUUGUAUUGUGAAGCUGGUUAUUUACCUGCAUUACAUGGAUCAUCACUUUUUUCGCGUGGGGAUACUCAGGUUCUCUGUACUGUGACCCUUGGAGCACCUGGAGAUGCUCAACGUUUGCAAUCCCUGGUUGGUCCCCCAUCCAAGCGCUUCAUGCUUCACUAUAGCUUUCCACCAUUUUGUAUUAAUGAAGUUGGUAAACGAGUUGGCCUGAAUAGACGUGAAGUUGGGCAUGGGACACUUGCUGAGAAAGCUCUGCUUGCUGUCUUACCUCCUGAAGAUGAUUUUCCAUAUACAGUUCGUAUCAAUUCUGAAGUCAUGGCCUCUGAUGGUUCAACAUCAAUGGCAACUGUCUGUGGAGGCAGUAUGGCUUUGCUGGACGCCGGCAUUCCAUUAAGAGAACAUGUGGCAGGUCUGUCAGUGGGCCUAGUUAGUGAAGUUGAUCCAUCUACCGGUGAAAUCAAAGAUUACCGUAUACUGACUGACAUCCUGGGCUUGGAAGAUCAUCUGGGGGACAUGGACUUCAAAAUUUCAGGAACACGAAAUGGAAUAACGGCAAUUCAAUUGGAUAUAAAGCCUGCUGGAAUACCUUUAGAUAUUAUUUGUGAGUCUUUAGAACCAGCUUUUAGAGGUCGGCUUCAAAUCCUUGACCACAUGGAGCGAGAGAUAAAUGCACCCCGAACUCAGGAUGACAGGAAUUCUCGAAAAUUGGUUACCUUGAAGUUCAGCAAUGACGCUCUUCGCCGCUUCAGUGGCCCUUUAGGUGUAUCGAAAAGAAAAAUUGAAGAAGAAACAGGUGCGCGGAUUUCUUUGAGCGAUGGAACACUUAAUAUUGUUGCUAAGAAUCAAUCUGUAAUGGACAAAGUACUAGAAAAGGUUGACUUUAUAAUCGGUCGUGAGAUUGAAAUUGGAGGAAUUUAUAAAGGCAUUGUAACAUCUGUUAAAGAAUAUGGCGCGUUUGUGGAGUUCAAUGGUGGCCAACAAGGACUCCUGCACAUUUCUGAGUUGUCGCAUGAACCGGUUUCCCGAGUUUCAGAUGUGGUAUCUGUUGGCCAGCAACUUUCCUUAAUGUGCAUAGGGCAGGAUGUUCGUGGUAACAUUAAGUUAUCUCUUAAAGCAACUUUACCUCAUCGAGAAUCUCAAACAAAUAAUUUGGUUGAAGGAUCCGUUGCACAUAUUAAACAAGUGCCUGAAGUUUGGGCAUCGGUUGGGGAUGAACCCAAUCAACAAGAAAAACAUGACUUUACCGUGGAGAAUAUGCCAGUGAGCAAAUAUGGAAGUAGUGGAGUAGAUUCCUCUUCUUCAUCAUCAACAGCAAUUCUAAUUCGAAGUGCUGCUGAGUGUGACGAAGAGGAAAAAUCUGCUGGUUUGAAUCAGAGUUCUAAGAGUAGUCCCAAAUCAAAGUCAAAAAUAUUGCCAUCUCCAAAUGUUUCUAGUUCUGGUCUGUUCUCAACCACAAAAGCCAAAAGGUCAAAAACAGUUUUACCAAAGGAAAGGGAAAAAGAAUCCAAUUCAAGCUUUGUAAGCGGAGAUGAAGAUGAUGAUAAGUGCGGUUCUGUGUCCACUCCACAUUCUCAAAACAAAAGAAAUGGUAGGAAAGCUACUGUGGGGACUGCUGUUUCUGAGGAAAAUCUGAAGAUUGGAAUGAAGGUAACUGCUAAGGUUCAUCAAAUUCGUGCUCGUGGAUUAGUCCUUGACUUGGGUGGUGGAAUUCGUGGGAUGUAUCGGUUUGAGACUAGUGGCAGGAAGGACUUUGAGGUAGGUGAUGAGCUGCAUGUCGAGUGUUCAAGUUUUACUAACAAGGCAAUUCCGGUAGUGAUUUUGACGGAAGAUUAGUGUUUCAGGCUCCCUUUUACGCAAAGUUACAUGCUCGCUAAAGGCAAGAACUUCAUGUACCAUUAACGGAGAGAUAUUGUACUGGCAAAAUUUUUACGGACUAGUCUGGCAUUUGUUGAAGCAUAAUCCGUGUAAUCAAUCAUCGAGAUGGCUGCUUUGUAGUAAUGGUUUGUUCUUUCUUUUAGAAAGCAUACUGAACUUUCCGGGCAACGUAUUCUUCCAAAAAUUUUACUAGCUAGGUUUCAGUGCCAUUCAACUUUAUUGUAAAUUUUAUUGUUUUUCC